ACGAGGCGGCCGCCAUCAGGAACCAGGGAUUUUCCGGAAGUUUGGCAUUUCAUAGCUAUCUUCCCCAUCAGGAAAUUUCUUGGAGUCGAAGAUCAUAAGCAUGCGGCUCCUCAAUGCGAACAAGUCCUCAUUUUCCAAGGGCAAUGAAGUAUUGAAAGCAUUCAUUGGUUUGAGGAAUGGUGCCACAAGAACUUUGGGAGUCUGCGGACAAUGCCGAUAUAUCUCUUCACCAACGGGUUUGUUACAUUCAAAUCGACCCCUCAGUUACUGAAGCACGACUGACAUAUUUCCGAUAGACCCCCCGUCUAAACCUUCAGACCCGAUUUCAACCAAAGGAUAUAAGAAAGAUGAAUGGUACAAUGUUCCACAAUCAAUUAUUGAUUCCCUCUCCCGAAGUCUACACACAACUAUAGAUCAUCCGAUUUCCAUCACUCGUUCGAUAAUCGAAUCAAGAUUUCCAUCACCUACCUACAGGUACCACAACAAUUUCUUUCCCAUAGUAUCUACGCAUCAAAACUUUGAUUCUUUAGGAUUUCCUUUGGAUCAUCCUGGGAGAAGCAAGACGGAUACAUACUAUAUUAACAAGGAAACGGUAUUGCGAACCCAUACAAGUGCACAUCAAGCCGAUGUAUUCCGCAGUAAUCAAAGCGAAGGAUUCCUAAUCAGCGCAGAUGUAUAUCGCAGAGAUGCAAUCGAUCGAAGCCAUUAUCCUAUUUUUCACCAAAUGGAAGGGGCAAGAAUGUGGGAUAGAAAGAAGGUUCCGAAUGGGGAUAUCGUAGCAGCUGUUUGGAAGGAUUAUGAAGCACUACCUAAACAUAAUGUGAAAGUUGAAGAUUCGAAUCCCACUUUCCAUGCAGAGAGGAAUCCACUACAAGGAGAACACACAGAGGCGGAAGCUGAAGCUAUUGCGGCACAUCUCAAGAAGAGUUUGGAGUUAAUGGUAGUAGAGAUAUUCUCGCGAGCAAGACGAGCAGCCAUAAAAGCGGAUCCCACGUUCGUCGAUGAACCAUUGAAAGUAAGAUGGAUAGAAGCUUAUUUCCCAUUUACAAGUCCAUCCUGGGAGCUAGAAAUAUUUUGGCAAGGGGAUUGGUUAGAAGUUCUUGGAUGUGGUGUUGUUAAACAGGAUAUCAUGCAGAAUGCAGGUGUGCCAGAUCAACUUGGAUGGGCUUUCGGAAUAGGUCUGGAAAGGAUCGCCAUGUUACUUUUUGAGAUCCCAGAUAUCCGAUUGUUCUGGUCAAAGGAUGAAAGAUUUCUGAGUCAAUUUAGAGGAGUUUCUAAGAAUCUGGAGAAUUUGCAGAGAUUUAUUCCAUUUUCAAAACAUCCGGCAUGUUACAAGGAUGUUUCGUUCUGGUUACGAUCACCAUCUUCAGCUGGAGGUGGUAAUUCCGCAAAUGCACACGAUUUCCAUGAAAAUGACGUUAUGGAGAUAGUAAGAGAUGUAGGAGGAGAUAGAGUGGAGGAUGUGAGGAAGGUAGAUGAAUUUACACAUCCGAAGACAGGGAGGAAGAGUAUGUGUUACAGGAUUAAUUAUAGGAGUCUAUUGAGAACUUUAACGAAUGAGGAGGCAAAUGAAAUGCAUGAAGCGGUUAAAAAGGAAUUGUCAGGGAAACUGGGUGUGGAGUUGAGAUGAUUGAAGAUAUAGACAAGAGAGUCGAAGAAUGUAAUUGUUGUUGCUUGUAUAUUACGAUACCCAGGGAAAACCUCCCACCUUGCAUUCGAAUCAUCUACUGCAGUAAUUGAAUGAAACGCAAAUUUCAUCUGUCAUUAGAACUGUGCUUGUUGCGG